AUGCUGUUCGCAACCCUUCCACUCUUUUUCGCAGCCACCGCGCUUGCAAGCCCGCUUCGUCAACACGAGCACUUUUUUAAGCGUGCCUGCGCCACAGGCCCUGACACCGCUGCUGACUUCCUCGCCUGGCCCGCGUACUCAGCUGCCGCGAAUAACGCCUCCACGCCUCUUGGUUACACAAACACGUUCACCGACCUGCACGCCAGCAGUAAUGCAGAUGGCUAUGCCGGCUACACCACCCUAAGCACCUACGAUGUAUCCUCUUGCGCCGCAAGAUGCUCUGCCAGCUCCGACUGCCACGCCUUCAACAUCUUCUACGAACGCAGUCCUAUUUCCUCUUCUCCCUCAUCUUUCAACUCCUCCUGCACCAGCACAGCAACCAUAAAAUGCGUCUUCUGGAACGGUGCGGUCACGACUGCCAAUGCCAGAAACACAGGCUCCACACCCAACGGCUUCAAAGUCGUCAUCGCGGGCUCAAAUGGCUAUGUGCUCAACACCGUCAAUGCACCAAGCGGCUACACCUCCCCCAUCUACCUCAACAAUGCAGCUAUCCAAGCACCGCUGAACUGCGUUGGCAAAGACACCUACCUUGGUUUCCAAAUCUUCACCGGCGCUUUUGAUGCGCAGAAAUGUGCGGAUGCGUGUUCAGGGCAAGCUGCUUACUCACUCGCUCAUCCUCCUGCCGAUGGAUCAGCGCCAAAGACUUGCAAGUUCUUCAAUACAUUCCAAGAGUUGAAGAAUGGUGUUGUGGUCGAUCAAAAGUGUGUGUUGUAUAGUGAAUCUUGGGGCAAGGGUGUAGCGAAGAAUACUGGGUUCGCGUAUGGUGGGGAUAAGUUUACAGUGGGCCUGUCGUAUGCAUACUCGAAUGCUACGGAUGCUGGUGUUUGCGUCAAGGCAUAG